AUGGAUCCUCAACCGAUCAUCGGCUUCAGCAUGAGGGAAGUGCGGGCCUACAUGGAGCGCGAUGGGCUGGAUUCCCGUAUGCUGGAUUUCGGCAUGGGCCUGUCGCUGGGCGUCGUGUACGGCUCCCUCCCCGACCCGCCCGUUUCCCCCGCUGCUCCUCUCUCCCCCGCCGGCGCCGGGUGUGCCCCCGACGGCGUCGACCGCAUCAGCCGCCUCCCCGAAGAGGUCCUCCGCAACGUCAUCUCCCACCUACCCGCCAAGGACGCCGCGCGCACUGCCGCACUUGCCUGGCGCUGGAGAGGCCUCUGGCGCUCCGUGCCGCUCGCUCUCGUCGACGCGCACCUCCUUCCGGACGGCGGGGCCGGCGGGCGUCCCCGGGACAUGCUCGGUCGCGACUCACCCGGCGUCGCCGCCGCGGUCUCCCGCGUGCUCACCGCGCACCCGGGGCCCUUCCGCUGCGUCCACCUCACCUGCAGCACCAUGGACGCGCACCGUGCCGAGAUCGCGCGCUGGCUCGAGCUCCUCGCUGCCAAGGGCGUAAAGGAACUCGUCUUCGUCAACCGCCCGUGGCCGCUCGACCUCCGCCUCCCGGCCUCGCUCUUCAGCUGCACCUCGCUCACCUGCCUCCACAUCGGCGUCUGGAGGCUCCCGGACACCGCCGCCCUCCCGCUCGCCGCGGGCUUCCCCAACCUCCGGGAGCUCGGGCUCCACAUCGUCCUCAUGGAGGACAGGGACCUCGCCUUCCUGCUCGACCGAAGCCCCGUGCUGGAGACCCUCGUGAUCUUCUUCGCAUACCAGACCGAGGUGCGCCUCCGCCUCGUCAGCCGCACCCUGCGGUGCAUUCAGGUCUGCUUUUCCCACUUCGUCGACAUCGCCGUCGUGGACGCGCCUUGCCUGGAGAGGCUCUUGCUCUGGGUAACUUGGGGCCGCGGCAGCGAGGGCAGCGAGCGCUCGAGGGUCAAGAUUGGCCAUGCACCAAAGCUGCGCGUGGUGAGAUACUUGCAGCUAGAGAUGCAGGGGCUGGAGAUCGGCGACACCAUCAUAAAGGUUCCGUUCAAGCUCAAUUGCAUUCAUCGUGUGCUUGGUUUCGGAUUCCUCAGCAAGCUGAGUUCUGGUUUAAGUGAUAUUACGUCACUGGCUUCUGCUGAAUAUGUUGCUGGAUUCUAG